AAUCCCCCAGAAGCACACAUAUGGACCCUCUCCACUCCCUCCUCCUCCUCCUCCUCCUCCUCCUCUUCAUCGCCAGGCUGUCAGGUGCAGGCGGCGUGGCUGUGUGGACACAGAGCAGGGUUGCUGCUGAGGAAGGCAGCUCUGUGUCCGUGGCGUGUCACUAUGGGCCCCAGUAUAAGGACAGUGUGAAGUACUGGUGCAGGGGUCUGUUCUGGAGCUCCUGCAUCGUGCUGCAGCGCACAGACUCCACUCAGAAGAGAGCAGGCCUGUCAAUCACAGAUGACCCCGCCCAGCAGGUCUUCACCGUGACCCUGAGUGACCUGCGGGUCUGGGACUCAAACAGGUACUGGUGCGCUGUGAAGGUCAAAGGCAUCGAGACGCCAGACCCCAAGGCUGGGGUGUUCCUGUCUGUCACCAGAGGAAGUCCUCCACCAGGAACUCCACCCUCAACUCUGUCUACAGGAAGUCCUCCACCAGGAACUCCACCCUCCCCUCUGUCUACAGGAAGGCCUCCACCAGGAACUCCACCCUCCACUCCUAAAGGUGCAGGCGGCGUGGCUGUGUGGACACAGAGCAGGGUUGCUGCUGAGGAAGGCAGCUCUGUGUCCGUGGCGUGUCACUAUGGGCCCCAGUAUAAGGACAGUGUGAAGUACUGGUGCAGGGGUCUGUUCUGGAGCUCCUGCAUCGUGCUGCAGCGCACAGACUCCACUCAGAGGAGAGCAGGCCUGUCAGUCACAGAUGACCCCGCCCAGCAGGUCUUCACCGUGACCCUGAGUGACCUGCGGGUCAGGGACUCAAACAGGUACUGGUGCGCUGUGAAGGUCAAAGGCAUCGAGACGCCAGACCCCAAGGCUGGGGUGUUCCUGUCUGUCACCAGAGGAAGUCCUCCACCAGGAACUCCACCCUCAACUCUGUCUACAGGAAGUCCUCCACCAGGAACUCCACCCUCCACUCCUAAAGGUGCAGGCGGCGUGGCUGUGUGGACACAGAGCAGGGUUGCUGCUGAGGAAGGCAGCUCUGUGUCCGUGGCGUGUCACUAUGGGCCCCAGUAUAAGGACAGUGUGAAGUACUGGUGCAGGGGUCUGUUCUGGAGCUCCUGCAUCGUGCUGCAGCGCACAGACUCCACUCAGAGGAGAGCAGGCCUGUCAGUCACAGAUGACCCCGCCCAGCAGGUCUUCACCGUGACCCUGAGUGACCUGCGGGUCUGGGACUCAAACAGGUACUGGUGCGCUGUGAAGGUCAAAGGCAUCGAGACGCCAGACCCCAAGGCUGGGGUGUUCCUGUCUGUCACCAGAGGAAGUCCUCCACCAGGAACUCCACCCUCAACUCUGUCUACAGGAAGUCCUCCACCAGGAACUCCACCCUCCCCUCUGUCUACAGGAAGGCCUCCACCAGGAACUCCACCCUCCACUCCUAAAGGUGCAGGCGGCGUGGCUGUGUGGACACAGAGCAGGGUUGCUGCUGAGGAAGGCAGCUCUGUGUCCGUGGCGUGUCACUAUGGGCCCCAGUAUAAGGACAGUGUGAAGUACUGGUGCAGGGGUCUGUUCUGGAGCUCCUGCAUCGUGCUGCAGCGCACAGACUCCACUCAGAGGAGAGCAGGCCUGUCAAUCACAGAUGACCCCGCCCAGCAGGUCUUCACCGUGACCCUGAGUGACCUGCGGGUCAGGGACUCAAACAGGUACUGGUGCGCUGUGAAGGUCAAAGGCAUCGAGACGCCAGACCCCAAGGCUGGGGUGUUCCUGUCUGUCACCAGAGCGUUGCCCCUGACGACCCCACGAACAGUGGUCUCCGCAGCAACACCGCCCCCAACAGGAUGCUGUAUAGACUGCACAACACCUCUACCUUCAACACUUUCAACACCUCCACCCUCAACACCUUCACCUCCACCCUCAACACCUCCACCCACAACACCUUCACCUCCAACUUCAACAGCGCCACCCUCAACACCUCCACCCUCAACACCUUCACCUCCAACUUCAACAGCGCCACCUUCAACACCUUCACCCACAACACCUUCACCUUCAACACUUUCAACACCUCCACCCUCAACACCUCCACCCUCAACACCUUCACCUCCAACUUCAACAGCGCCACCUUCAACACCGCCACCCUCAACACCUUCACCUUCAACACUUUCAACACCUCCACCCUCAACACCUUCACCUCCAACUUCAACAGCGCCACCUUCAACACCUCCACCCACAACACCUCCACCCUCAACACCUUCACCUUCAACACCUCCAACUUCAACAGCGCCACCUUCAACACCUUCACCCUCAACACCGUCACCCUCAACACCUCCACCCUCGACACCAACUCAUUCUGCCCAGCCGUCGUCAGUUCCUCCAUCUGCGACACCGCCCGUCAGUCGGCCCAAGAGCGUCCGCUCUGCCACCCCCACUGCUCCGCCCGUGGUCCGAGCGGGCCUGAACAGAGCCCAGCACCGCAGCCUGCAGUGGUGGCAGUCCCUUCUGGUUGCCUGUGGGGUCCUGUUGUUAGUGACGACGGUUGCCAUGGUGACAUGGAAGACCUGGAGACUGCGAAAACACCCAUACAGCAGGUGGGAGAUGGACGAACUGGACUCAACGCCCACGCUCCACCCGGAGAACGAUAGCGAUCCCACGGGCCGCGUCCACCUCCUCUCCGGCAGGUCACGCCAGGGAGAACACCUGCUCUGAGGGCAAACUCGUGCUCAGUUAAGCUAACGUGCAAAUCUAACAUUUCUGUGAAAUAACUUUUCUUUGUUUUUUAUAAUUUUUUUGCAGUGUAAAAUUAAUGUGCCCGCCAUUUCCAUUUCUGAACAUUAAAAAUAAAAGUGUUGGAAAAUAA